AUGGGAAUUAGUAAUAGUAAAGAAGAAGAAGAUGAAGGUAGAGAAUUAAGGGAAAAGAUUAAUGAACUUGAAGAUGAAGUGAAGGAAGUGAAGAAGAGAAGAGAAAAAGAAGCAUUGAAGUAUGAGCAUGAUUUGUGGUUAUUUGCUUGCAAAGAAGAAGAAUGGAAACAAGAUAUGGCCAAAAUGAAGAUGACUUUGGAAGUGGCUUUGGAGAAAUGGAAGAAGCUUUACCAUGAAAUCAAGCUUGAACUUGAUCAUCUUAUUCUUCACACUCUUCUCCAAGGGGAGAAGUGUUCACAGGGUGAUUCAGAAUACCUUAUAAUUGAAGAACUCCAAAAGGAAUUGAAGGCCAAAGAGGAGACAGUUCAAGCAUUGACAUCAAGAUUAGCAGCAAUGGAGAAUGAAAACAUCAAGAAGGAGAGAGACAUCGAUAUUUUGCGGCAAAGUCUCAAGAUCCUUAGUAUCGGAAAAAAUGCCGAAAUAUAGAUGUGACUCCAAUUCAUCGUUUAA